GCGAUGACCCUGAAUGGAGGAGGCAGCGGAGCAGGCGGGAGCCGCGGCGGAGGCCUGGAGCGCGAGCGCCGUCGGGGCAGCACACCCUGGGGCCCGGCGCCCCCUCUGCACCGCCGAAGCAUGCCGGUGGACGAGCGCGACCUGCAGGCGGCGCUGGCUCCGGGCGCCCUAGCAGCGGCCGGGACCGAGGCCCAGGGUCCAAGGCUGGACGGGCCAGAGGGCUCCUCUGACUCCCUUAGCUCGGGGGGCAGCGACUCAGACGAGAGCGUGUACAAGGUGUUGCUGCUGGGGGCGCCUGGCGUGGGCAAGAGCACUCUGGCCCACAUCUUUGGUGGCGUAGAGGAGGGACCUGAGGCGGAGGUCGCAGGGCACACGUAUGAUCGCUCUAUCAUGGUGGACGGAGAAGAGGCCUCCCUCCUCGUCUAUGACAUUUGGGAGCAGGACGGGGACCGCUGGCUGCCUGGCCACUGCAUGGCCAUGGGGGAUGCAUAUGUCAUCGUGUACUCUGUGACAGACAAGGGCAGCUUCGAGAAGGCCUCAGAGCUGCGGGUUCAGCUGCGGCGGGUGAGGCAGACAGACGACGUACCCAUCAUCCUCGUGGGGAACAAGAGCGACCUGGUGCGCUCUCGUGAGGUGUCCGUGGAUGAGGGCCGGGCCUGUGCCGUGGUCUUCGACUGCAAGUUUAUUGAAACAUCGGCCGCGCUGCACCACAACGUCCAGGCACUGUUUGAGGGUGUCGUGCGCCAGAUACGCCUUCGCAGGGACAGCAAAGAGGCAAAUGCACGGCGGCAGGCGGGUACCCGGCGACGAGAGAGCCUUGGCAAGAAGGCGAAGCGCUUCCUGGGCCGCAUAGUAGCGCGCAACAGCCGCAAGAUGGCCUUUCGCGCCAAGUCCAAGUCCUGCCAUGACCUCUCGGUUCUCUAGGCCCCACAGCACUCACUGCAGUGGGCAGACAGAUGGGCGGGUUGGUGGGCCGGUCCAGCCAAGCCGCCCUAGAUGCCUCAGGGCUGUCUCAGUCUCUGAACCCCUCAGAACUGCCAGUCGGGCAUCCCCCACCUCCCAGUCAUGGACAGACGGUGAUGCCCGGGGAUGUGGCCCCCAGAGGCCAGUGAGGGCUGGGCCCACAGAGAAGUGUGUGCAGGCCCAUGUAUGC